GCACUCCGAUAUGGCAUCACAGUUCUAAGAAUCUCACCACAGAGCGAGUUACGGACGACAUGUUGGUCCAAGCCGCACGUCUCUUUAACGAAAAUAAUGGGGUAUGGGGAAGCAGUCAGAUCGGCCCGCUGAGCGCGAGAAGACUGCGAGAACAAUACCUACCCACAAGCACGGACCAGAGUAGAAGCUUCUACAUCAGGGUGACUAUCGAUGGGAAUCUGCUCGGAAUCCCGUUCGCCUGCCGCUGGAUACGUAAAGUGGUCGAUCAGUAUCACCGUGACAAAGGACUUGCAAGUGGCCUCUUGGGAAUGCUUAAGCAAGAUCAUAAUGAUAUAUACGGUGUCAUGAGUUCACAUCCAGCUGCCUGUCUAGUAGCCACUGCCAACACUUCUGGGAGUGAGCCUCGCACAAAAACCUCAUGGCGUGAUACUGAUCUUGAAGAAACUAUCGAAAAGAUAGACCUUGAUUUUCAUUGGCAAGAAAGCUAA